UGUGAAAAUGAUAAUUUCAUGCUCCCUGAAUCACUCUUUCACAAUUCCAGCCCCAUGAAUCCUGGCAUUGUGAACUUGGAAUAUGCUUGUGUCAUCAGAUAGAAAAAUUCUAUUGAUGGAAUAAGCUGGUCUAUAUUCUGUAUGUUCAGGUAGUCAGCUGACCUCAUUCUUUCAGUACAUACUGUUGCUGAACCUAGACCUGACCAACUGCAGCAACACCACAUCAUUUACUUACUUAAAUCAGGUGGAGACUUUUUAUUUGGCCUGGCAGUGUAUAUGGGCAUAGUUUUGUGAUUACUUAGAUAUAAACUGAUUGUCCACACUUAGUUGUUUAAAAAAAACAAAAACAAAUGAACAAAUAGACCAGUUUGCACUUGUUUGCACUUAUGGGUCUGCGAUCACUUUUGUUGAACACAAUGCUAUGCAUUAAUAAAGUUUCUAUUCUAAAGUACUAUGAAAUGAGAGCGGAACCAAUUAUAUGUUUUACUUUGCUUAGAUUAAAAUUGUAAAUAUUCUAAGAUCCUUAAAUUGAGAUUCUAAAGCAUGUAGGCUAUAUAAAAAACGGUUACCUUAAUCCAAGACACUUGUGAGACGCAGACAGACCCUGCUCUCUCUUUCUCUGUGAGAUCUCUGGUGGUAUUUACAGUUAGAAGAAGUGGGUGUGUCUGAUAGAUAAGUUUCGUUUCUCUCUCGUCUCUCCUCAGGGCUCUCUCUCUUAGUGCUCAGAAACUACAGAACCGAUAGAUCAGGUUACUGUUAAGCUGCAGCGCAGUGAGAUUUAGACUAAAACUUAAACUUUAUUACUGAUUAUUAGCGAGCUGAACUCCGGCUGAUAACUGGAUCAGAUGUCUUCCAUCGUGUCUUCUCUGGGGGAGGAGAAGGAGUGGAGGCUGAGGGGUUUAUUCCCCCGGCCUGUCCGCCUCCACCUCCUCUACAAGAGCAGUCAUCACGGAGCGGACAUCAGCACCCUGCUCUCCAGCUUCGACAGCUGCGGGAGCUUCGUCCUGGCGGUGUUUCUGCAGUCGGGGGAGGUCAGAGGAGGCUUCACGAGUAAGUCUCUGAAGAAUGGGAGCGAGUUUACUGAUGAAGAGGCUUUUCUGUUCGAGAUAAACAACAACGCCAGACGAUUCCCUGUAAACAAACCUGCCCGAGCCGUCCAGGUUCAUUUCACAGAGUCAGCUCCGAGCUCUUCAUCUGUGUUUGGCUCUGCCGUUCCUCGUUCUACUGCUUUUGGCGUAAGCGCUGGUUUUGGCUGCCCUGCUUCUUCUGGUUUUGACUCUCCUGCUUCUUCUGGUUUUGACUCGGGCGUUGCUCCUUCUUUUGGCUUUAGUGCUGGUUUUGGCACUCCUGCUUCUUCUGCUUUUGGCUCUCCUGCUUCUUCUGGUUUUGGCUCGGGCGUUGCUCCUGUUUUUGGCCGGGCUUCAUAUAAGAAGCCAGUGAUCCGGCGAGGCGCAGACCGAGGUCCUCUUGGCGGUUCUUCUUCAGCUCAGACGGACCCGUCUAGUCCUCCAGUGUCUGUCUCCUUCGGGAAGACUCUACACAUCUACUCGUCUGAUCAUCAGAUGUAUGUGAAUUUCAGCCCUGACCUGACCUACAGCAGCAGCUCCUGGACUGAGGAGCAGGGCGUGCGCUGCCUGGAUGUGGAGCUCCACAGGGUCCAGGAUGUGGGAGAUAUUCUGCCCAACCCCUGGAGAGAGCUAUCCUGGACAGAAGAAAACAGGAAGAGCCUGAGGGAGAAUUUUGUCUCUUAUAAGCUGGUGGUGGAGACAGUAUCGCAGGUCAGAGCUCUGCUUCUUGGACCAGUGGGUUCUGGAAAAUCCAGCCUCAUCAACUCCAUCAGAUCCACCAUGUUCAAACGCAUCAUGCACUUGCCCAAUGUUGGCACAGCAGCAGGAAGUUUCACCAAGAAGCUGAAGUCAUAUGAUAUUCGUGUAGAGAAAGGGGGUCCUCCUACUGCUCUCAGCCUGUGUGAUGUGAUGGCCAUUGGAGAUGAAGAUUGUACAGGUCUGUCUCUCUCUGAUACACUGGCAGUCAUCAAGGGCCAUGUUCCAGAAGGAUAUCAGUUCCAGAGUGAUGUUCCCAUCAGUGAUAAGAUCAGUGGCUACAGAGCAGCUCCCACGUUGGAAGACCAAGUUCAUGGCGUCCUGUUUGUGCUUGAUGCAUCUAAAGUGACAUCCUACUCCACCAGCCUGCGGAACAACCUCAGGAAGCUCCACACUACUGCAUCAAACAUGGGUAUCCCUCAGUUGAUCCUGCUGACACAUGUGGACCUGGUGUGUUGUGCAGUAAAGGAGGAUGUUAAGUAUGUCUACUCCAGCCGAGCUCUGCAGGAGAAGAUGCAGAAAGCAGCCGAACUGGUGGGAUUGCCACUAUCCUACGUGGUGCCAGUGAAGAACUACAUGUCUGAGCUCUCAGUGGACCGCAACACUGACAUCCUGCUCCUGAGUGCGGUCAACAGCAUCCUUCAGGCUGUGGAUGAUGCACUUGAAGACCAAUACCCUGGUGGCAUCACAGUGCAGCACACUCAGACCACUCCAAACAGCAGCAUCGGAGUGGCGGAGCUAUAAGUGAGCUACAGGAUAGAAUCAUUUCCUGUCAAAUUGUGAGUGCCUAAUGCAUGCUUUACCAUUUCUGCUGAGCAAAGGAAUGUAUUUUUACUAAAUUUCUGUAAAACAAGAAAUGUGUCCUUUAACAUAUUUAUUUUAUGAAAAUGCAAAAAAAACAGAUUGUUCUGCUUUGCUAAUGAUGCUACAGAUUGCUCUGUCAGUAUUUUAAGGAAACAGGGUUUGGACUUUCAGUUAUAGUUAAAUUCCCAUCUAAAAUUUGUGUCAACGGCACUCUUGCACUCUUUAUUUCUUAUUCAACUGGGCAUCACAUUAAAAAUGUGUAAAUGUAAUCAAAAACAU